CUUGGCGUGGCGGCGCGGAGGGUGUCGGGAGUUUGGCCCUCCUGAGGGGCGAGGCCGACCUGAGGGGCCCGGCAGAAAUUGUUAAAGCGCUUAAGAUCAAGAUGGAGGAAGCAUUGAAGUUCGCAGCUGUGGAAGAUGCAGUGCGGUAUCAACUGUUUUUGAUAAACUCUGAAUCAGGUGACCAAGAAAAAUGCACAGGCAUUCUUCAGCAGUAUAUCGAGAAGAUAAUGACCCAGUUUGCCCCUAUAUUGGUCUCCUAUAUCUGGCAAAAUCAACCUUUUAAUCUCAAAUGCCAACCAGGAAAAGGUGAUGUUCCUGCACAUAUUGCCGGUGUGACCAAGUUUGGAGAUAACAUUGAGGAUGAGUGGUUUAUCGUUUACCUCAUACAGCAAAUUACGAAACAGUUCCCCGAGUUAGUGGCAAGGAUUGACGAUAAUGAUGGUGAAUUUCUGCUAAUAGAAGCAGCCGACUUUCUCCCCAAGUGGUUGAAUCCUGAAAAUAGCACCAACCGGGUGUUUCUUCACCGUGGGGAACUCUGCAUCAUUCCAAUUCCACAGCACCCUGGAGAGGUAUCCUGGCUACCUGCUACCAAUCCCACAGUCACCCAAGCUCUGCAGCUGAUCUCCACCCACUCGGAGAAAAUCCUGGCGGGCAAAUCUGUACAGGCAGCGGUAAACAAGCGCAUCAGUGGGUACCCCGAAAAAAUCCAAGACUUCCUUCAUCGAGCCCACUGCUACCUCCCGGCCGGCAUCGUGGCCGUGCUGAAACAGCGUCCUAGGCUGCUAGCGGCUGCCGUGCAGGCCUUUUACCUGCGAGACCCGGUCGACUUACGAGCCUGCCGCACCUUCAAGACGUUCUUGCCAGAGACACGCGUAAUGGCUUCGGUCACGUUCACUAAGUGUUUAUAUGCACAGUUGGUUCAACAAACGUUCAUGCCAGAUCGGCGUAGUGGAUACGCUCUCCCUCCCCGCUCCCAUCCCCAGUACCGAGCACAUGAAUUGGGCAUGAAAUUGGCUCACGGCUUUGAAAUCUUGUGCUCCAAAUGCGGCCCGUCGUCCUCUGGCUCCAGAAGGCCUUCGACAGGCACCCCGCUCUGGGCAGGCUUCCUUGACAGUCUCAAAAGGAAUGAUUAUUUUAAGGGGGAGAUGGAAGGAUCGGCUAAAUACGUGGAAAGACUCUGUUUGGCGGAGAGCUAUUUCCAGCAGUCUGUGAACAGGCCCGACAGCUCUGUGGCCCUUAGCCCGGGUGAAGAAAUCUUGUCUUUACUGCAGACAGCGCCUUUAAAUCUAGAAGAACUUAAAAGAGAAGAAACGUGUCUCCCUCCAGAAGAUGAUGACCGCUGGUUGGAGAUCUCCCCAGAGACAUUGGAUCAGCUCCUACAGGAAGCAGCGGGUCCUAAAGGACCCCCACCCACUUCGAAAACAGAGGAGCAGAAAUGUGAUUUAAGCGAAGUCACCGAAAGCAUGAAGGCGUUCAUAGGCAAAGUCUCAACCCACGAAGGAGCAGAAAUACCUCGGAGACCUUCUGAAGAUCAGGUGACCUUUGAUGUGGAGUCCUUCACGAGGGCCCUAGAGAAAUUUUUAGGGCCAGGUCCCCAAGAACCGGAUUCUGAUGAUCCGGAUGAAGAGGAUGAAUUUGAGUCCUUGACAAGUGACGAAGACUUGGAUCCUGAAACUCAGGGUCAGCGAGCAAAACAAUCACCAGGAGAAACUCUGGACAGUCUCAGGUCAUACAUGGCAGAAAUGGACCGGGAACUGGCAUCCACCAACGUUGGAAAAAGCUUCAUUACUCACAAGAAAACGGGCAGCUCAGCGAGGGUGCCGCUAGCCCAAAACCCGGACGUCGAUUCGGAUGACAGCAGUUCCGGCGUGGAAGAGUCGGGGCUGACGGCCGUGGAUGUAGACGUGAACCUGGUUUCCAACAUCUUGGAAUCCUACCAUUCCCAAGCCGGGCUGGCGGGCCCCGCCUCAAACCUUUUACAGAGCAUGGGAGUGCAGCUGCCUGAUAAUGCAGAUCAGGGACCCUCUCAGAUUAGCCAGUUCUGAGGAUCUGGGCAAAAGCCAACUGGUGUUCAGUUUUCUCAUCCUCUAGCCCACGUCUCGGUCUUACUGUGUGUAAAUUCCACGUGCAAAAUCGGUUUUUCUCUGGAAAUUCUGGUGAGCGAUCCCAUCUCGGAUUGCGGGAGGGCCCUCAGUUAGAAACCAGUGAUCCUCCCUCUGGUCUCCCCACCGAGCAAAGGAUGAACUGGAGUUAAGAAGAGUAUGGAGGCAGCUGAUUUUUAGAUACACAGUCACUGGACUGGGAUUCUUCUGACAAGAAGGAACAGGGCAGACUCCUGUUGACCUCUCUGAUUCCUGCAGUGAUUGGAUCCCCAUAUUCAAGACAUUCGGGGAUAUAAAGAAAGGUAUCCGUCUGUUGCCCUGAAAGAAUGUGGAUGGGUUAUUUUCUGGCUUCGGGAGCGUUUAUUUUUUUUAGAAAGACUCGUUAAUUUAUUUGAGUCUUUGAAAGCCUGAUUGGAAUUUUUCUCGGUUUCUUCUUUGGACCUGGUUGCACAGAAAAAUUUGGGUGUUUGCAAGAAGGGAAGCUGGUUUCAUCACAGCAAAUGAGCCCUUUUUUCAAAACCUAAAUAUUUCAUAGCUAGCUGCUGUAGACUUCGUUUAAAAAGAAACCCUUUGAAUCUGGUUUAUACUCAAUUUUAUCUGGUUGGACACUACUAAAAAAUUGCCUUUUUUUAGCAUUUUGUACUUUGUCUGCUUUUGUCAUUUUUAUUUUACACCAC